GAGGCGGCCGCGGGGCCCGACUACCGGCACCUCCGAGCACACGGUGGUCCUCCCAGUGACCAUGGGCUGUGAGAGUCCGCUCCUGCUGCAGUUGCGGUCAUCAUGACCACGCCCGCCUCCUGCAGACCAUGUUCCAUGUUUCUUUUAGGUAUAUCUUUGGAAUUCCUCCCCUGAUCCUUGUUCUGUUGCCAGUAGCAUCAUCUGAUUGUGAGAUUGAAGGUAAAAAUGGUGAAGAAUAUCAGCAUAUUAUAAUGGUCAGCUUCAAGGAGUUGGAACAUAUAAGAGAAAAUGCUAGUAAUUGCCUGAAUAAUGAACCUAACUUUUUAAAAAGGCAUUCAUGUGAUGAUGAUAAGGAAGCUACGUUUUUAAAAACUGCUGCUCGCAAGUUGAAGCAAUUUGUUAAAAUGAAUAUCCAUGAGGAUUUCAAGCACCACUUAUCAGUAGUUUCACAGGGCACAUUAAAACUGUUGAACUGCACCAGGAAGGAUAAAGAAAAAAAACAACCUUCCUUGGGUGAAGCUCAGCCCACUAAAAAUUUGGAAGAGAAAAAAUCUUUAAGGGAACAGAAAAGACAGGAUGAAAUGUGUUUCCUAAAGAUACUACUAGAAAAGAUAAAAACUUGUUGGAAUAAAAUUUUGAGAGGCACUAAAGAACAUUGAAAAGUACAGUGUGACAAUAUAAAAAUGUGUGAACUUUAGUUGUGUCCUUCAAGAACUGAUCUCCUCAUGCAAUUUUUUUGGAGAAGAAUGCCUUCUAGAAGUUAUUGAAUUUGUCCUGGUAAGAAUGGGUUAGGGCAGUUGAGAAAUACGUACUGUGGUACUUGAAGAUGGACUUAAACAAUGGAAACUGAAUGCUGCAAUCAAUGAACUAUUUCAUAUGUAUGUGGACAUAGGUCAGCUAGUGUUAAUUUUGUGCUGAUUUUUGUAAGAUGUAAGGUAUUAGCUACAAUAUUAUUUAGACCUGUUGAAAUUUCAAAAGAAAUUAAAAUCUGUGAUGUAUGUAAAGGUUACAAGACUUAAAAAUUAACAUUGCUUUAUUACUAAAAUAUUAUAUGGCCUCCAAUGUAUCAGUAUACUGCAGUAAGUGUGGAAAUUGUUGUCAUCUGUGCUGAAAAUGUUUCAGAGUUAAUAGUGAGCUAUGGAUAAUGCCCAUGCAAACAUGUCAUUUAUCUUACUUAAAGCAGCAACAUAAAAGAGUACAAGAUGUUUAAGAGAGGUAUUAAGACAUGUAAUUAAAUAUGAAUGUAUUGCACAGUGCCUGUAGUAAAUGGCAUAGCAAAUUCUUUAAAAUUAAAAUAAAAAAUACUUUCACAAAAUAGGAAGUCAUCUGUUCUAAGGAUGCUAAAACAUAGUACUGAGUUUCUUCUGUCAUUUACGUGUAAUAAAACAUGUCUAAAUGAGCUUUCAAUUUGGGAAGUGUAUUUUUAAGAGAAUAAUAUAUGUUUGCCUUUUAAUUAAUAGUAUGUGUAUAUUUAAUUUUAACAGUAUAUCUGUAUAUUAAACUAUUUUCAUACAGUAUUACAAACAAAUUGCUUACUUUGGACAACAUUUCUUUCCACAACAUUUCUCCUUUGAUAAUAAAUGACCUAUGUAUUAACACUGUCAGAUUCCCUUAUUCACAACAGGAUUUUUUUCUCAGUUUUAUUGGGAAAUAAUUGACAUACAUCAUUGUGUACAUUCAAGGCAUAUCGUAUGAUGGUCUGAUUUACAUAUAUUGUGAAAUGAUUAACACAUUAGGUUUAGCUAACAUCCAUCUUCUCAUAUAAUAAAAAAAAGGAAAAAUAUUUUCUCCUUGUGAUGAGAACUUACAGGAUUUACUCUGAACAACUCUCUUAUGUCGUAUACAGCUACAUAUGUUAGCUAUAUUCAUCAUCUUAUACAUUAUAGCCCUAGUACUUAGUUACCUCGUAACUGGAAGCUUGUACCUUUUGACCACCUGCCUUCAAUUACCACCUCCUGCUACCCUCUAUGUCUAGCAACCUGUCUGAUUUCUUUUUACAUGAGCUUUUAUUUUUAGUUUCUACAUAUGAGAUCAUAUGGUUGUCAUUCUCUGUCUGAUUCAUUUUACCUAACAUAAUGCUUUCAAAGUCUAUCCAUGUUGUCACAAAUGGUAGAAUUUCCUCAUUUUUAUGGCUGAAUUUUAUAUAAAUAUAUAAAUAUAUGUAUCUCAUAUAUACACACAUAUAUGGUAUAUAUGUAUAUACACAUAUGUAUACCUAUAUACACAUACAUCUAUAUACUGUCCAGAAAAAGUCCAGUCAUGGUUAAUGUAAUGGGAAAAGUUUGAGUGACAAGGAGAGUGAACUGGAAUGUGUGUGUGUGGACAAUGAUGACUUCACUGUACUAAUUAGUGGGGGCGGUAGAUGCUGCUGAGUGAGCAUGUGUAUGGUGUGGCCAUUGUAUUCAAUAUGACUGAGAGAAUAGAGCAAUGUAUCUGCAUCAAAUUUUGCAUUAAGCUUGAACAUUUCUCUGUGGAAACUAUUCAGAUGAUCCAGAAGGACACAGCUGUGGGUAACUGGUGAUUGGCAGCUUCAUCACAACAAUGUACCUGCUCAUGCAUCAUGUCUCAUGCACAGUUUUUAGGCGAAACAUCAGGUCCUCAGAAACAUCUGAGGGUGGCUCAGCCCUCCUAUAGCCCAGAUUUGGUGCCCUGUGACUUCUUGGCUUUUCCUCAAAUUAAAAUCACCUUUGAAAGGGAAGAGAUUCAGAGAACUGUGUAAAGUCUAAGGUGCCUACUUUGAA